AUGGGACCUCUAGCUAGGGAAGAGAGUGACCAAAGGGAGAACUUGUUUCAUGCAAGGUGUAAAAUUAUGGAUAAGGUGUGUUCGUUAAUCAUUGAUGGUGGGAGUUGCAUGAAUGCCAUUAGCCAAUUUUUGGUUGAAAGUAUGAAGUUCCCCACCGACAAGCACACUAGUCGCUAUAAACUCCAAUGGUUCAAUGAAUGUGGUAAGAUGAGGGUCAACAAGCAAGCCAUUAUCAAAUUUGGCAUUGGCAAGUACCAAGAUGAGAUUUUGUGUGAUGUGAUGCCGAUGCAAGCUUGCCAUCUAUUGCUUGGAAGACCUUGGCAAUUUGAUAUUGAUGCCCAACAUAGUGGGAGAACUAACAAAUACUUAUUUGUGGUCAAGGGGAAGAAGUACAUUCUUAAUCUGCUAACCCCUUACCAAGUGAGUGAGGAUUAUAGAGUGAUGGGGGAUCUUCGGGAGAAGUAUCAAAAGGAAGAAAAGGAGAAGAGUGAGAAGGAGGACUUGUUGGUCAUAGGUGGAGACGAAACAUCUCAAGAUGGAACCAAGAAAUGUUUAUUGGCCAAACCAAGUAAUUGCUUAAAAGGGGUUGAUGAGAGACGCUUCUUGGUGUGCCUUGUCAACAAACAUCUUCUCCUAAAUGCUAACCAAGCUACUAGCACUUUACCUAGUAGUAUAUCUUCUCUUUUGCAGGAAUAUGAAGCGUUGCUCCCGAAAGAAAUGCCUGAUGGAUUACCUCCCUUGAGAGGUAUUGAACACCAAAUUAAUUUUGUACCGGGUUCUCAAAUCCCGAACAAGCCGGCAUAUAGGAGCAAAUCGGAGGAAACAAAAGAAUUGAAAAGGCGAGUUGAGGAGCUACUCAAGAAGGGUCUAGUCAAGGAGAGCCUUAGUCCUUGUGCCAUACCGGUGAUUCUUGUCCCAAAAAAAAGAUGGCACUUGGCGGAUGUGCAUUGA